AUAAAUAAUUAAUUCAUAAAAGUAAAAGAGACCUGCAACAACAACGGCAACAAACACGCUAAUUGUGUGCACAUAUCAUUGUGGCGCUGAUUAGAGCCCAACAGUAACAGCAACAAAAAACGCCAAGGCCCACAUAUUAUAACUAAACAGAGCGUGUGUGUGUACAAGUGAAGUAAAAGUAAAAACGAUUUUGUGGCGAUGUCCGCCGCCGAAACGGGGUCGUCGCCUGGCAAAAGCAACAACAACAGUAACUGCAGCAGCAACAACAACAAAGGUGUGCAGCGUCGUCAAUUGCGUGAGCGCAAGCAGCGCAAACUUUAUCUCGAGGAAUGGGCACUGGGUGAUGACGAUGCUGAGGGGGCACGCGGGUUUAGCGUGGCCGAGAAACUGGAGUCGUCGAAAUUCGCUCAGGCCGGCAUGGUUCGAGAGAUGCGGGGCAGUGAUUUGACCGUCGGCUUUUUGCAGCAGCACGGCUUCAAUAUACCGCUUCUCUUUCGAGAGAAAAGCGGUUUGGGUCUUCGCAUGCCCGAUCCCCAAGAGUUUACGGUGAACGAUGUGCGUUUGUGCGUCGGUUCGCGUCGCCUGCUAGAUGUCAUGGAUGUGAACACACAGAAGAACUUGCAAAUGACAAUGAAGGAGUGGCAACAGUACUACGAUAAUCCCCAAAAGGAUCGUCUGCUUAAUGUCAUAUCGCUGGAGUUCUCGCACACACGUCUCGAUAAUUAUGUCCAAAGUCCGGAGAUCGUACGCCAAAUCGAUUGGGUCGAUGUCGUCUGGCCCAAACAGUUGAAGGAUGCACAGAAAGAGGGCACCAAUCUGUUGGGCGGCAUGAUGUAUCCCAAGGUUCAGAAGUAUUGUCUGAUGUCGGUGAAGAACUGCUAUACGGAUUUUCACAUCGAUUUCGGCGGUACAUCGGUUUGGUAUCACAUACUGAAGGGCAGUAAGGUGUUCUGGCUGAUACCGCCCACAGACCGCAAUUUACAGCUAUACGAGAAGUGGGUUCUCUCCGGAAAACAGGCAGAUGUUUUCUUCGGCGAUACGGUGGAGAAGUGUGCACGGGUCUAUUUGACGGCGGGCAAUACCUUCUUCAUACCCACCGGGUGGAUUCAUGCCGUCUACACGCCCACCGAGUCGCUUGUCUUUGGGGGAAAUUUUCUACAUUCCUUCGGCAUUGUCAAGCAGCUGAAGACCGCCAGUGUGGAGGAUAACACAAAAGUCCCGCAAAAGUUUCGCUAUCCCUUCUUCACCGAAAUGCUUUGGUAUGUGCUUGCCCGCUACGUAUAUACCCUGCUGGGUCAUUCCCAUCUCGAGGGUGAGACUUCGGUGAGUGAGGCGGAGAUGGCGGCACGUCCCCACACUCAUCUCACCCAUUAUGAACUUUUCGGGCUGAAGGAGAUAGUCAUGUAUUUAUACGAUUUGCCGCCGCAAAAGAAGAACGUACCCAGCCUGGUGCUGGAUCCAGUGGCACUCAUUAAGGAUGUGCGUACAUUGGUCGAGCGGCACUGCAAGGAUCAGCAGGAUAUGGCCGUGACGGGAGUGUCAGUCCUGCGAACGCCCGGGGAUGUGCAAUUACAAUAUCAAGUAUACGAUCGUACGCGCGUAAAGCAGGAGAUAAAGCUGGAGAUCGCACGCAAGAAUGCCGAAGUAAUACGUGAGCAACAGCAGCUGGAGGCGGCACGAGGUGAAUCCGAGGCAGGGACGGGAGCGACGCAAAGCAACAAUAAUAUCAGCUAUGCCGGCGCUGCGGGAGCGGGUGUGGAAUACAGCAAUGGCGUCUUGAAGAAGGAGCAGAAUCAACAGCAGCUGGAGAAUGGCGGUGGUUCAGCUGCACAGCCAGAAGCGACCUUUGUGCUGCCUACGGAUACGCUCAAGUACCGCCCACCCAAGAAAAUGCAUUUGGCUAAUGCUGUGGCCGCAGCGGCUAGCAGUAGCAACCACAACAACAACAAUGCUGGUGGGAGCAGUCCUAACGGAAAUAAUGCGGUCAGCGUUAUUGCCACCUCAUCCAGCUACAAUCUAAACAGCUCCGGGGACAAUCUGAACAGCUCUGGGCCAGCAGUUUCGCCCGAUAAUUGCCAUUCACCCGGAGACACGAAGCUUUCGCCUCAUCUCACGGGCACCGGUCAGCCACGUCGACGGCGCACUCGUUGCAAGAAUUGUGCUGCCUGCCAGCGUUCCGAUUGCGGCUCCUGUCCCUUCUGUGCCGACAUGGUCAAGUUUGGCGGUCCAGGACGAGCCAAGCAGACGUGCAUGAUGCGCCAGUGUUUGUCGCCCAUGCUGCCGGUGACCGCGCAGUGCGUUUACUGCCAUUUGGAUGGCUGGAGGCAGACACCCGUGUUACCACAAACCAAGCAAUUGGCCUCCCUUGAGGGCCCCUCGGCUUUGAUGGAGUGCUCAGUGUGCUACGAGAUCGCGCAUCCGGAUUGCGCUUUAUCACAGCUCGAUGGCACUGAAGACGCGGCAGAUGCCAAAGGUAUUGUCAACGAGGACUUGCCCAAUAGCUGGGAAUGUCCAAGUUGCUGUCGCAGUGGCAAGAACUACGACUACAAGCCACGUCAUUUUCGGGCGCGUCAAAAGUCCUCGGAAGUUCGUCGGGUUUCUGUGGGUGGCACCAACGCGGGACAGUCCCUCGGUGGCUCAGGCGAUGCCCAUGACAGUCAUAGUGGUAACUUUUUGCCGCCACCAGUUGGUCAAUACAAUGAUUUCGUGUUCACGAGCGAAUCGGAAAUGGAGUCGGGAACGGCGGCGAGCAGCAGCAGCACAACACACUGGAAGCAUGGCCUGAAGCGGCAUCACCAGCUGGAGGUGAAGACGGAACGGAACAACAGCUGUGACACUCCCUCGCCGGGAAUAUCGCCCAAUAACAACCACAGCCACAACAACAACAAUGGCCAUGGGGAUAAGGUGAAGAGGAGGAAGAGCGACGAUGGCACCAGUGUGAGCAGCAGCAUGCAUGAGAGCAACGAUGCGCCCUGCAGCUCGAUGGACUGCCAUGCCACAGCCAGUGUGACUAAUCACAGUGGUGGUGGUUUGGCUUCCGGUGGUUCGGGUGGUGGUUCGCGGAAGAAGAACUCAAUACGCUCGCAGCUUGCACAACAGAUGCUGAACUCCUCGACGCGUGUGCUGAAGAAGCCACAGUAUGUGGUGCGACCAGCGCCAACCUCUAACUCGAUAAGCCAGCAUGGGGGGCUUGCUGGCAGUGGGGGCCUUAGUAAUGGGCUCAACAAUGGUGCCAGUACCAGUGCCGGUAAUUCCAGUGGCCAUGGUCAUGGCAAUGGCACCAAUGCCAGCAACAACAAUGGCCUCAACAAUUUACAUCACAGCUCCCAGAACUUGGCAUUGGAUCCGACAGUCUUGAAGAUCAUCUUUCGGUAUUUGCCGCACGAAACACUCGUCACGUGCUGCCAUGUGUGCAAGGCCUGGUCGAAUGCGGCUGUAGAUCCUGAUCUCUGGAAGCGCAUGAAUUGCGCAGAGCACAAAAUGUCCGCCUCCUUGCUGACCGCGAUUGUGCGGCGUCAGCCCGAGCAUCUCAUACUGGACUGGACGCAGAUUGCUAAGAGACAAUUGGCGUGGGUUGUGGCACGCCUCCCUGCACUCAAGAAUCUCUCGCUGCAGAAUUGUCCCAUACAGGCGGUCUUAGCUCUGCAUACUUGUCUCUGUCCCCCAUUGCAAAUACUGGAUCUAAGCUUUGUGCGAGGCUUGAAUGAUGCUGCCAUUAGAGAUAUUCUAUCGCCACCCAAGGAUUCACGACCAGGACUGAGUGAUUCAAAGACACGACUGCGCGAUCUCAAAAUGUUAAAGCUGGCAGGUACAGAUAUUUCCGAUGUAGCUGUGCGGUACAUCACACAGUCACUGCCACAUCUACAGCAUCUAGAUCUAUCGUCGUGCCAGCGCAUCACCGAUGCGGGUGUGGCCCAGAUUGGCACCUCAGCGACGGCAAUUGCCAAACUGGCGGAGCUGAACUUGAGCGCCUGCCGUCUCGUCUCGGAAAACUCACUCGAGCACUUGUCCAAGUGCGAGAAUCUGGUGUGGCUGGACCUCCGUCAUGUCCCUCAGGUGACCACACAAUCGGUCAUACGCUUUGCGAGCAAUUCCAAGCACAAUCUCUGUGUCAGAGAUGUGAAGCUGGUGGAGCGUCGAAGUCUACCAAUAGCGGCCAGCGUUAAUAACUGGAACGACUGAGAAGUGCACGCUUAGAGUCAAAUGGAAAGAACAUCUCUUGAGGACCCCUGACGACAGCGGUAAUAACUGGAACGACUGAGAAGUGCACGCUUAGAGUCGAAUGGGAAGAACAUCUCUUAAGGACCCCUGGCGGCAGUUGUUAGACAGAAGCUAAAGAGCAUCUUUAUUUUCCGCUCAUCAUUAUACCGUGUACCCAAAGGGUAAAAGGGUAUACUAGUUUUUUUUAUCUCGUUUUAGUUUUAAGUUGAAAGCAAGUCGCCGUCGGUUUACAGUUAAGCGCACUAAAGAUAUCUUAUUUAAGAGUUAAACGCACCUACACCUAUCCCAACAACCUCCCACUCUAAUAGCUCUACACACACCCGCAACACACAGACAUAGGCAAUAUCUAGGAUAUAAAUGCAGCACUGGUAUUGGUAGAGCUUGAAAAGUACAGCUGAAUACGCGAAAUAGCCCGUAUACAACACACACCAAAGACUUUUUGUUUCUACAAUUGCUCUUCACACGCCAUAUUUGUGGUCAGACAUGCAAAUAAAUUGCUCACAGAUUUGUGAUAUUUUAUGUUUCGAAAAAAUAAUGGCUUGUAUCAAAAAUUUCUUAUUGAUUUACAUUAAAAUAUCAUGUUAUGAAUAUGUUGUUACUUGGGCAAUUGCAUAGAUUUGUGGGCAAAUUGUGUGCCUGUCUGACCAUACUUUUGAAGAACUUAUUAUUUUUUACUGGCAUGGGAAUCUUUUGAGUCUAAAACCUCCGUCGGCAGCAGUUUUGCCCAUUGGGGGGUUUUGUUUCUGCAAAAGGUCACUGAUGAGGAUGCUUGGCAGCAUCGGAAAUACGCCUGAUAUCUGACCAGCCAUUUUCGAGUUUUAAAUCAAUUGAAAUUUGUAAUGCAAUCACUGUGAAGGGCAGUUCCAAACUUCGGCUUAUUCGAAGUUAUUCAGGGUAUUUUUUCCUUAUACUUUUACUUUUGUAAUAAUGAGGUUAAGAGUAUUAGCAUUCCCCCAGCAUUAGUGUUGUCUCAAUGGUAAUACUAGAGAACAGUAUGAUGUUCUUAAAUAUAUACAUGUUUGGUGUCAUAUACAUACAUACAUCUGUAGUAACAUAGGUAAGCUGAAGAGACGUGUAGAGGCUUGGUAUAGAGCGCAUAGUGUAGAAGACAGAACAAUGAAACUGUUUCAAUGUUGUGGCGCAUUAGAGAGUGGAUAGUUGAAAAAUAUUUAGUAUAUCAUCAAAAGUCGAUUAGAAUUUGAUUUCAGUUGUUAUUCAAUUAUGAAACAGCACUCCUUUAUAAGACUAAUCGGGAUGCCCAACUCGAAUAUUCUCGUUGGCGUAAAAGUGCCUAUACAACAUGAUAUAUUUCAAAGAGAAAUCCAGUCAUAUACUACGUUUAUACGAAGCUUGAUCCCUAUUAUUACUUAUGUCUUUUAAAACGAUUUUAUUUCGCAUCAAAUCACAUUUGUGGCUAUAGAAUUUUUGAAAAGAAAUCCAGUCCUAAUACGAUUAUACAAAUCUUUGAAAUAUGAUCUUUUAUUCAUCCAUGUCCCAACUACUAUUUUUCCUUCAAUAAUUUAUUUUACUUUUAAAAUCACAUUUGUGAUUUAUUUUGAGCUCUUUAUUCGGAAUUGUACAAAAUAAUACAAGUACUAUCGUGGUUUUUUUUAUACUACUAAGACGGUUUUUAGACGACAUAUUAAUCCAAAUUUAUAUAAAUUGUUCAUUGUUUGUUUUGGAAUACCAGACACUUGUAUUGUUAAAGGAACCAUUUAGUAUUUGUGAUUGUCAGUUAAGGCCUUUAUGAUACUAUGCUCAAUUAGUCAUUCAAAGAGUGGGACUAGCUGAGAAAUAUUACAGCAGCAGUCUCAGCACCGCUUAGAUCGAAUUCGAUUGAACUCUAGAAUCUUUUUUAUACACAUACCUGAGAUAAAAUUUAAGCGCAUGGUCCAUUGCUGAGAUGUUAAGCGAAGUGAGAGAUCCGAUGAUGAUCCACUUAUAAUGCGCUGCAAUAUUAAUACAGUCUUCAGAAGAUACAAAAUGAUCUUGAGCAUCAUGUUUUUUGAAAUGUUUAAGCUAAAAACGUAACGCAUACGCGAUAAGACAGCUUCCCCUUCCUAUUCCUGGCUCCAACAACUCUAGCUGUACACCCAAAAGCACAAAACUCAAAACACCGAUAUACAAUUAGAUCUAACAUACUAUAUAUAAUAUUAUAUAUAUAUAUGUUUGAUGUGCAAGCUUCAAUUUGAUGUAGUUAAAUACAUAUUUGUAGAAAUUCAGAAUAAGCAUAAUCUAAUUACCCACUAAUUAUAUGGCGUUAUAUGUAUUUAAAUGAUGCAAUUUCACAAAAAGAGUAGAAGAAGCGAUUUGGCUGUUUACACGCGCUAUUUAAGCGUUACAUUUAACUGGACAGUGUGAACAGUGGAACCGAAAGUUAAGAUAUAUAUAGUGAUAAAGUGGCUAAAAGAUAUGUGUGAGCAAAUUAAGAACUAUACAAUUAUAUUUAAUGUUUUACAAAAUUAUUAAUAAAUAGAGCAUAAAGUUUAAAAAUA